UGAUUUUUUUUUCUUUUUUGUAAUUCAGGUAAUAAUUUAUUUUAUUGAUCACAAAACAGACCAUAUUCGAUUUCGUCCGAUCUCACCAGGAGCGCGAGAGAGAGGUGUUCGCCACGAUGGUAAGUUCAUCGAGUUCAUGGGCGCGAGCUUUGCUUCAGAUCUCUCCGUACACCUUCUCCGCCAUUGGAAUCGCCAUAUCUAUAGGUGUAUCUGUCCUCGGCGCCGCCUGGGGAAUAUAUAUAACUGGUAGUAGUUUAAUUGGUGCUGCCAUCAAAGCUCCUCGCAUUACCUCCAAAAACCUAAUCAGUGUAAUUUUCUGUGAGGCUGUUGCCAUAUAUGGGGUCAUUGUGGCUAUCAUUCUUCAGACAAAGCUAGACAGUGUGCCUUCGUCCAAGAUUUAUGACCCAGAGUCCCUCAGAGCAGGCUAUGCUAUAUUUGCAUCUGGAAUCAUUGUGGGUUUUGCAAAUCUUGUCUGUGGGCUAUGUGUUGGAAUAAUCGGAAGCAGUUGUGCUCUGUCGGACGCACAAAACUCGACUCUUUUUGUCAAGAUCCUUGUUAUCGAGAUCUUCGGGAGUGCACUCGGACUAUUUGGUGUCAUCGUGGGCAUCAUUAUGUCUGCUCAAGCAACUUGGCCUAUCAAAUAGUCACUCCAUGCAGUAAACUCUAGGCCGAGUAUCGGGUGUCUUUACUGCUUAAUAUAUUUCUUUCUUCUUGUAGUUUAUGUUCCGUAUUUCUAUAUUUUUGUUGCUCUUAUGUGACCUAGAAGUAACGAGAUUUGGUGAAAAACAAAGAGAAACCAAAAUGCCAAAAAAUAUUCCACUUGGGCUCUGUAUGUAGUUUGUUUCCUAUUAAUAAAUAAUUCCCAUUUGAGUUCCGUGGUA